ACCGUCUAAACCGGCCUUAAAGGAAAGGAAAGGAAACGGAAAAGCAUUAAGCGGUUAAUGCCAAAUAUUAUUGGUUUACCUGUGUUACGGACUCGAGGGAGACUGAACACAACUAAGUCGGAUAGAGCAGUAACGCCUGUCGAAAAGCGAACUCAUCAAGUCAACGUGUCAAACGUUGUCUUUGAUCUGUAUUGUGGCUGUUGUUUUCCAUCUGUUUUCUAACCCUAUGGCUACGUGUAUCUAUUAGUGGUUUUCCUUAAGUAUCUGGUUUCGAGAUGCCGAACGGGGAAAAUAUAGAUAGGUCGUGCUUUUGCCGCCACUUCACAACAUUUACCCACGUCAUUGGAAUCUUCACAUCAGUAGCCAUGUGGUGGGUUGGUGUAAUGUUUACUGACAAACCAGACAAAAGAAUUGCUGUUUAUCUUCUAUUGUGUGCAAUAAUAGUGUCAUUUCUUGAAGUAGUAUUCUUAUUAGAUAAAUGUGCCUUCUGCAGGGAAGGUAGUUGUGCCUUUACACUUUGGAAAUUCAUCAAAGCCAUUGACACAUGGAAAAGGUUUAUUCUCUACAUGGGAAUAUCGGUGGUGUGUUAUCUGCAUCCCAAGGAGUACUGGGAAGCCAUUAUUAUUGGAAUCUUUCUUGAUGUAACUGCACUGUUUUAUUUGAUGUUGGGAUUUAGAAAGAAAAACAACAGGGAAGAAUAUAAGUAUAGGCAGCUUGAAGUUAAAUAGAUUAUAUAUUAUUAUUUAUAUACCAUUAGGAAUAAUAAUAGAGUACAAACACUAUAAGUGUGCAACAUAAAUACCACUAAAUACUGCUAAAUUAUGCUAAUCCUAUUGUUUUCUAUUGUUUAAUUAGCACUAUCUACUACUAAAUAGUGCAAAGUGUUGCACACUUUUAGUGUUUGUACUCUAUACUUGCUUGGACUUGUAAUAUAUUUUAGGUAUAAGAUGCGGGCAGUGAAAUGGAUGAAUUGAUGAUCUGGGUAUUCUGAAUGUUAAUUAAGCUUCAAGCCACUUUGAGGAUACGUGUUGGCAUGUCUUGAUUAAUUUAUUAUGCAUAUUUGAUUUUAAUAAAAUUUAUGAAGACUAGUUUUCUCAUCGUUUCAACACUUGCUAGUGUCAUUAAGAAAGGUUGUCGCUCAGAGAUGCGAAAGGGCGAUCUGAGACUAAACAGAAUUUCCGACCUUUUAUGUUUUCUUGGGUUAAAACAAUAAGAAAAAGCACAUUUCCAACCAAAGGUCAUGCUUCAUAUACCAAUCUAAAAGAAAACUGUUGUUUGGCUGUGAAUAUCAAUUAUUAUACAUUUUACAGCAUGCUACUCGGUCUCAGAUGUCAGAUCUGUGAUCUACGUUUUUUUGAAAUAGGUGUAUAAAUACAGAGAAUCUAGUCUGUACAUCAGUAUUAUAAUAACGAUCAUCGACUUUCUCAAAGCCAAAGUGUUUGUGCCAUAGGACAUUCUAUCUUAGGAUUCCACUCAUCAAUGUAUUGCGUUUGCAUAUAGAUUCUUUGCCUUUAUAUUAUUAUGCACACUCUUGAUAAUCACACCGACGACUUGUCGAAACAUCAAGGAAACUAGUCAUCAUAAAUUUGGUUAAACGCUUCAAAACAAAAUGUCUAAUUCAUAUUUAAAUACUAUAUAAUAAAUCAAUAAAAUCUUGAGUCUUUUAGAAAGUCUCAGCCACUGAAAAUUAAUAAAGUUGAGAACAAGUCAGAACAAUUAC